UAAUUGUCAAAACCUGGUCUUAUACGGGUCAACUGUUCUGAUGUCAACUGAGCUGUUCAUUGAACACCGCACACAGGGACUGAGCAUCCAGCAGGGACACUUCAAACUGAAUCAUUUCUGCUCUGACUUCACAGCCAGAUGUCUUGGGUGUCUUUCUGUUGCCUCUUCUCCAUGUCUGCGUGGUGCUGGCUGCCAGCAGGCUGCUACUCCAAUGGCAAAGUCACCAAAGCCUGUGGCAACAUGGAACCUCACCACGGUGGCCAGGGUCAGAGCGGCCCCAGCCCCUACCGGCUCACAGCCAACGCCUCCACGUUCAGCCCUGGAGACCACAUCCAAGUUAAGCUCUCUGGAACCACACACUUUGAUGGCUUCCUGCUUCAGGCCAGAGACGCAGCCAGUGCAAACUCAGGUUCCACUGUUGGUACUUUCACCUUGAUCGAUUCUGUGACAACACAGCUGCUGACCUGUAACAAGCAACCGGGUUCCGCUGUGAGCCACACCAGUGAUGCCCAACAGACAGAGGUUGGAGUCAUAUGGAACGCUCCUGAACACCCUCCUGAUGAGGUGCAAUUUGUGGUUACUGUGGUCUCCCAUUACAAGGUGUUUUGGGUGAAGCUGCCUGGUCCGACCGUCUAUAAACAAGGUGUUACCCCUCACCCACCCGAGUCCACUACCAAACCCUCAGUCCACACCACCACACCAGCCCCUUUGCCUGGACCUUUUGUUUCAGAUGGCUGUGGCCAAUCUAAGUCCUGUCUGCUAGACCCUCCAGGAUGUGACCCAAAGGAAGAUGGUGGCUGCUUCUUCCUGUCAAUGACUCCGCUGGAAACAGACAAAUCUGUCAUAUUUGAGCUAAGUGGUCCAGCAGAGGGAUACAUUGCUUUUGCUCUGUCCUGGGACACUUGGAUGGGCAACGAUGACGUGUACAUGUGUAUAAAAGAUGAGGAUCGGGUAUCGGUGAGCGCCGCCGUCCUCAGUGGACGGACUCACCCUGACGACCAGACACAGUCAGGACUGUCGUCCGUGUCGUGGAGGCUGGCGGAUGGAGUGAUCCAGUGCAGGUUUAGCAGAGCCGUCAGGCUGUCUAAUCAGGAACCGGGCCGCUAUGACCUGGACCAGGAGUACUUCCUGUUUCUAGCCAGUGGAAAUGUUCAGUUUGGUAAAGUAUGGAAACAUAAUCGCCAACCACUCAUCUCCACCCACAGAAAGCUUAUCACGGGCCGCCCUGAUGUCCUGGAAGGCUCCCGGGGACCGAUGCUGAUGAAAACACAUGGUGCCAUGAUGAUGUUAGCAUGGAUGCUAACCGGAAGUGUUGGAACCUUCGUUGCGAGUUUCUAUAAACCUGACUGGCCAAAUCAGAGUCUGCUUGGCCAGAAAGUCUGGUUCCAGGUUCAUCGAGGCCUGAUGAUGUUGACGGUGAUGCUGACCACUGUAGCGUUUUUUCUUCCUUUUUUCUACAGGAAAGCUUGGAGCAAGCAUGCAGGUGUCCAUCCCUACUUAGGCUGCUGUGUCCUGGCAUUAUCUUUAACUCAGCCAAUAAUGGCUGUGUUCAGACCACCACCCGACUCUCACAGGAGAUGCAUAUUUAACUGGGCCCACUGGGCUGUUGGAUCCCUGACUGAGCUUAUGGCAGUGGCUGCCAUGUUUGUGGGGAUGCAUCAGUCAUCGCUGCUCCUCCCCUCACCAUGGGCAACACAUGUUCUGAUUGGCUAUGUUACGUGGCUGGCCUCAUUCAGGCUCCUCCUCCUGGCUCAGAAACAUCUCUCUAUAAAAAGAUCACUGAGGUCAGAUGAACAGCAGUUCAUUCUUUCUGUCCAGUCAGAGCCCAGUGGCUGGGGCUCUGUCAUAAAGUCUCUCAUCUUGGCUGUCCUGGCUUUGGGAAAUUCUGCUUUUCUGGUGGCCCUGCUGUCUUCUGUUGUUAAUGUUUGAUGUUUAUGAAUAAUAUUUAGAAACAAGUUCAACUAAUAGGCUGUUUUUGGUCAACUACCUUUAUACAGUAACUGCACCAUAAUAUGAGCAUUAAACCAAUAAUGUAAACCAGAAAUUACCAGAAACCAGUAAUAGAAUGACCUACUGUAUUACUAAGCCAAACACCAAAUUAUUUUUAUUUAUAAUCAGUUACUGUUUAUUGUUUAUAUUGAGGAAUUUAAUUGUAUUUGUAUAUUUGUGUUAGAAAUGACGGAGUUCAUGUUUUCGGGACUUCAUUCAUACAUAGAUCUUCAAAUCAUCAAUCAAUCAGGAACAAAACACAGGUUACACAUCAUGAAUCAAACACAGCGGUGACAGCGACUGUUUACUCCUCUGAAACUGACACCAAUAAAAACAAAGUGUUUCCACUGCACAUGUGACCAUUAAUAUGCAUUCAGAUAAAACACCACCAAGUCAUUAGAAGCUGAUCCAGUCCCUUGUAAAAGUGAGGACAUCGAACGAGGACAUCUCAUCUGGACAUUAACAUCAGAGAACGCAACAGCAUGAAUAAGUGAACAAUAAUCAUCCAUCCAUCCAUUUUCUACCACUUGUUUCCAUGCGCAGGCGCCGCAGUGCUGGAGCCUAUCUCAGCUAUCUACUGGCGAGAGGCAGGGUACACCCUGGACAGUUUGCCAGUCCCUUGCAAGGCAAACAGUGAUUUGAUUAAUUUGUUUAUGAUUAAUGAGUUAAAAAUAUUUAAUUGGAUGUCAGUCGGUUGUCUAAGAAUAAGUAGCGUUAUAAACCACACUAAAUUAUGAGAACUUUAUUAACUAAAUAAUAUUGAUCAAUGGUAUUUUCAAUAACGGCUGCUCACAACUUUCAGUUAUUACAGGGAGACAUUUAUUCUAAUGAGGUGAUCAGUAGGAUGAGUUUGUGUAAGAAUUAGUGUGUGAGGUAGAGAGAAAACGAGAAAACAGGGAGACAGGGGGAGGCUCAGCCCAAGUCUGAUAGAUCACAUUUCUCCUACAUCUGUUUCUCUAUCCUGUAAAAUUAGGAUAUGAUUCAAAAUUCUCUUGAUUCCAAAUCUCUUAGAUCAGUUCCAUCUCAUCUUCCAGAAAUCGUAGUUCUAGAUCUGUCUGUAGUUGUUGUUGCUCUUCUGUUUCCUGUUUCCCCAACGUUUGAAGCAGCUGGCCACUUUAGUUUGUUUGACUUUUGUUGUGUAAUGGUGCUACUAAUUAAACUCACACAAAACUGACUGUAAUAA